AUGGAAACGGCGAUUCCGGUAUCGAGACAGGGUACGCGCGUGUAUACCGAGUACGAUGUGGCAUCACCGCCUCGUACGCCUGGACCAGAAUGGGUUCGAUUCGUUCUGAUCUCGGAUACACAUUCGCAAACCACACACAUUCCGGACGGUGACGUUCUACUUCAUGCAGGAGACUUGACAACACUAGGUCAACCGGACGAUCUCGGUGCACAGGUGGAAUGGUUGAAAAGCCUUGCGCACGAGCACAAGAUCUUCAUAUGUGGCAACCACGACUUUUCAGCAUGCACAGAUCAAGACUUUUACGAAACGCGCGGUCGCCAACUCAACGCACAGUUGCACGUCCAAGAUUCUGCGCAUGAUGUAGCACGAGCAAAGCAGAUCCUCAACAGAGAUUCUCUGUGCGAAAAGGCGCUCACCUACCUAAACAACCAACCGCACCAAUUCACUGUUCAACGUGCACAGACGAGCCAUUACCAAUGGACCGUCUGGGGCAGCCCCUGGUCUCCACAGUUCCACGAUUGGGCAUGGAACUACAAACGCGGUGUCCAAGCCAGACACAUCUACAAAGACAUUCCCAAACAUGUGGAUGUGCUUAUUACACAUACUCCGCCGCACAAGUUGGGCGCUCUCGAUACCAUCCACGAUGGAUCCUCGGUUGGCUGCGAAGAACUUACAAGACGUUUGACUGCGCCUGCAUCCGAGCACGACUCGCUCCGACCCAAACUGCACGUCUUUGGUCACAUCCACGAAGCGAGAGGCGUACAUCUGCUCGAGCAACCAGCAUUCCACCAUGGCGACCUUGACGAAUCGCUGCUCGUCAACGCCGCCCUUGUAGAGUACGACCAGCACAUGUGGAACAACCACCGAAUUUUCUCGUAUACCGUCGUAUGCAAACCGGUGAUUGUCGAUCUGCGUGUUCCAGCGCCCCCCACGUUGUAA